AUGCCCGGAGUCCCGACUAGUCGAGGCUGCGAGGCCUGUCGUAAGCAGAAGAAACGAUGCGACCAAGAACAACCUGCCUGCGGUCGGUGCCUCCGUCUGGGGAUCCCCUGCGUCGGCGGUGGCGCUCGACGAUUCAAAUUCACGGAGAAUCGCACCCCAGACCAUGCAUCGUCAGGGAUCUUUGUUACACGCACGACGCCGCCGCCACGUGAUCCGCCGCAGCGCGCCAUCGCCAAACGCGCGGCUGCCACCAUCCAUGUCGCUCCUGCGCGGGCCUUAUGCGGCGACACGGCCAGGUUGCGCGCCUCGCUGAUCUCGAUGCUCGAGGUCAAAGAUGCCCGGUAUAAUCUUGGCUACUACGGGCCGUUCUUUGCGCACUUGCCCUGUCGCCUGGGAGUCCAUCCGGCGCUGGACGCGGCCGUCGCGGCGGUGACCCAUUCGGCGCCCUGUUUGUUCAAGCAGGAGAGCUCGUCGCUGGCGCUGGAGAAGUACGGACGGGCGUUGUAUAUGCUGCGUCUGUCGCUGCAUGAUGGCGCAGUGGAUUUGGCGAUCGAGACGCUGUGUACGAUUUAUCUGUUGUGGAUUUCCGAGGACUGGAUUACCGGCCACUCCGAAGGCCAUCUCAUGCACACGCAUGUCAUCGCAUUACUUCUCAAAAGCGUCGCCCGUCGACCGGAUCUCGACGCUUUCCAAACCCAGCUGCUCCGCACGCUCUGCAUGGCCGUGCUCGUCCACAGCGUCUUCGACCCUCGCGUCCACCUCGACACGCUCGUAAUCAACCGCUUCCUAAUCCACGGCCCUCCCAUCCCCUCCAGCAACCAACUCGCCUCCCCCUUCGAAACCCUCACCGUCCCCAACUUCGCCCGCAUCCCCCGCCUCAUCCACAACCCGGAACACCACCUCCCUCAACUCACAGCCCUAUACGCCCAAAUGCAGGCCGACUUCCCGAAACUGCGCGCCAUCGCCGUCUCGUCGACCCUGCAGGCCUCUCCAACGGCGUCGUUAGAGGCGAUUCGCUCGCAGAUUAACUAUCAGACGGCGUAUGGGUUGUUUCUUGCUGUUGCGAUUAUGCUGAAUCGGUUGUGUUGGGUGGCGGACGGUUCGAGGAGGUAUUUGAUCGGGGAGUUGGAUUUGCUGGUUGAGGAGGUUGUAGAGCUAGGGAGACGCGGGUUGGUGCUUAGGCCGUUAGGGUCGCAUUAUAUGCCGAUGUCGCUGAGCGCGGCGUGGGCGGCUGUUGGCUUUGAGGAGGACGACGGGGCGGAGGUAAGGGGGAGGAAAAUGGAGAUUGAGGCGUUGGCCAGGGAGUAUUGUUCCUCGGAAGGGUUGAUGCAGGCGUGGAGGGCGAGGGGCGUGCAGACGAGGAGGCAGUUUGAGAGGUUUCGGAGGAAGAUGGAUGGGAAGGAUGAAGUUGGUUUGGUUUUGAGGGGUGGUCCAGGGUUGGGGUUGGUUGCUGUUGAUUGA